GCCUUCCGCAGACCUGGUCUGGGAGGGGAUGGGGCAGCUGCGCCAUGUGCACCACCCUCUUCCUGCUCAGCACUUUGGCCCUGCUCUUGCGCCGCCGAUUUGCCAACCGAGUCCAACCAGAGCCCAGAGGAGUGGAUGGGGCAGUUAUGUGCAGCAACUUGGACACAGAGCUCCAGUCCUCAGGCAGGGGGAAAGAGCCUCUGAAGUAAACCCUCACCUCUGCAGGUGGGGCUCAGGCCCAGAGACUGGGAUCCAUUGGCCCAGCUCAGGUCCUGGCUCGUCUCCUACCCCAGGAGGAUGCUGUGGGAGCCGAAGCAGCAGUGAGAGGGAGAAUGGGAAAAAGCAGCAAUAGAGAAGGUAGAUGCCUCCCUUUCAGCUCCCGGACCUGCUGGUCUUCCCCUCCCCAGAGGCCCUCGGUGUGGGGGUCCUGAGCAGGCCUUGCUGGGGCUGGCACCAAGAGCAGAGGUUUUGUUGCUCUCAGACUGGCUCUCUUCCUCUGAGUUCCUGAGCCUCCUUGGAGGCACUGCCGAGCUGAGAGAGCCCAGGGUCAGGGACUUGCUGGGGUCUGCCAGGUCAGUUCUGGGGCAGCCACCAGCCCAGGCAAGAGGUGGGAAUAAGCAA